CGCACAACUUUGUCUGGUAAGGCAGCAACUCUGUUCAUUGCUUGGAAUAGAUUGACCUCCUCCAGAAUAAGCCACUCAUACUAAUGCUGAGGAGUACGAAUAUAUUUAGAGGAAAUCCCAGUCACAAUGACUCUCCAGUGGACUGCUGUGGCUUUCUUCCUCUAUGUAGAGAUAGCAGUCAACCUAAUCUUGUGUAUACCCGUCAUAUCGGCACGGAGAUGGCGUUCAGUUUUCAGCUGGAGAAUAUGGAACUGGUUAUCUCCAUAUUGGAACAAAUGCUUUUUUACCAUGAUCAUGAUUCUCAUUGUUCUCUUCCUCGAUGCUCUCCGUGAGGUGCAGAAGUACUCAGGUCCUGAGCCCAUGCACGAUGCCACGGUAAACCCAAAUUUGUACGACAAUGUCCAUAUGAAGCUGUUCAGAGCCCAGAGGAACCUCUACAUAUCUGGCUUCUCUCUCUUCCUCUGGCUUGUCAUGCGUCGGAUUGUCACCUUGCUAAACCAGGUUGCUGUCACGGGGGAGAACAGUGCAGGUCUUCAGGCACAGAUGGACAGUGCUGUCAAAGCAGCCAAGCUGCACCAGGACGACAACUUGAUGCUCACAAAAGCUCUCCUGGAUGAGGAAAAAUCCAUGUCAGUAAAAAAACAGCAACUGAAGCUGGAAGCUGAGAAGCUGGCAGAUCAAGUGAAGGUUGCUGAGGAGGCUGUGCGCAAGUCUCAUGCUGAAGUGGAGGCCAUGAGGAGGCAGGCCAAAGGUUUGGCACAAGAGUAUGACAGACUAUUGACUGAACAUCAUCAACUCCAGAAUCUCCAGAGUCCUGCAGACAAAAAGGAUCAGUAACCACAGGAACACAGUGACAAUUGUUUUCAUAUUCCUCCUCUUUACUCAUGACACUAAAACUGUGUGCCAUAUGCAGUGGGCCACCAGAGGUUUGUAUUAUCUUUUACAAAUUUUAUAUUAAACUGAGGCACAUAUUUUAAUUGAUGAGAUUAAACAAACAGUAGGCCAUGUUCAUUUAUUUCAGUGAGAUAAGCACACUUGUCCCUUGACUUGAUGUGCUGAUUAUCAGCGUCUUUGUUUUAACAGAUAAUAAUGAAAUAGUGUUUACUAAGCAUCCUGGAAUGAUAGAUCUACCUUAAAACCUUAAUAUGCAUAAUUUGACAAAAAAUUUAGAGUUGGCCUGGCAUUUCCUGCCACCGACAUUUGUGACAGUUUGGUUGGUAUAUGAACAUGACAAAUAAACAUUUUAA